AUGGCGAUUACAGGAUACUUUCUUGACGAGAACUGGGAAUAUCAUAAGAUAUUACUAGGAUUUGAACACUUACAUGGAUCUCAUUCCGGCGCAAAUUUGAGUGUAGUGCUCCUCAAGCUGCUACAGGAGCAUCAGAUCACAGAUCGAGUGCUUGUGGUAACCACCGAUAACACUUCAAAUAACGUUAGUCUCAUGGCAAGUGUCCAUGAGGCGAUUGAGUCACUACAAUCCUCGAACGAUGUCGUUAUCAUUUGGGUACCCUGUAUUGCACAUGUGAUCCAGCUGAGUCUCAAAGAUCUCCUUGGGAAGAUAAAGGCUGCUCCAAAGAUUGAUACGGCUAAGCAGACAUGGUCUGAUGAUCGGGUGGAUAGUCUUCGUGCGAGGCAGCAGAAACGCGAGAUCGUGGACACUUUGAAUAAGGUUCGAAGCCUUGCGAUUUAUAUCAACGCGAGUCCUCAGCGCCGAGAGUCAUUCUAUAACUUGCAAACCAAGGAGCCAAAGCUUGUGCCAAUCCAGGAUGUUGCUACUCGGUGGAACUCCACGUUCUUAAUGCUUAUACGCGCAAAGAAACUCCAGCAGACCUUCGAUAUGUUCUGCUCUCAGUACGACUAA